AUGGGUAUGCCCAAGGCGACGACGGCUGUAGCUACAGGUCUUGCCACUGGGGUCCGGGUGCUGCAACCACCGACAGGGCCCCCAGCACAGGCACCGGCACGGUCAUCCACGCCGCCAGUCACAGAGGGCCAGGCAAUCCCGCCACCGGAGCCCUUCCAGGUAAUUCCAGCUCAGAUGCCCGAGAACCUGACGCCGGAGGAGCAGCGCAAGCACCAAGCCCUCUACGUCACCACGCUUCAGGCUUCCCACGCCCUCCGCGACAAGUUUGGAAUGGUGGGAAUCUUGGAGGUGGUUCGCAUGUCAGAUCCACAUCUUAACACCUUGGCAUUGGGUAUGGAUCUGACUGGCAGGAACGACACCCCGCCGCGACGGGAGCCAGAGUUCUAUCUUCCUCAGAGCUACUUCAUGAACCCUCCGAGCCCGAAACUGGAACACUUCUCGAAGUUUUCCCUGGAGACUUUGUUCUACAUGUUCUACAGUAUGCCCAGGGACCAACAACAGGCUCUUGCGGCGUGGCAGUUGUACGAGCGCGGAUGGCUUUAUCACAAGACAGAAAAGAUGUGGAUAGCAGCGCAGCCGCAGGACGAUGGUGCAGGCAAUGCUCGCAACGUGUACUAUGACCCCAUGGCUUGGGAGGUCAAAUACGUGCCCAAGGAAGUGGAUCAAGCCGGGUUCCUCACCAAGGAAGAAGUGCGAGUGCGAGGAGUCACACCAUAG